CCUGUUGGCCAUGGGCGUGGAGCAGCUGAGCACGGACUGGGAGGCCAUCCACCGCCGCUUCCUGCCGGGCAAGACUCCCCACCAGAUCUCCAUCCGGUGGAAGAACCGGUGCUCCUCACGCGUGCCCGACAACCCCAUCAAGCAAGUGUGGCGGCGUAAGACUGCUCCGUUGACACACCACGAGGUCGACCAAAUACAAACG